GGCGGCUCUUCAGCAAUCCCAACUGGAACCUCACACCAAAAGGCACCAUGAUAGUGAUGACUGACGUCACUGCAGCCCCCAGAUUGGGGUCAACUGCCACCACUCCAGCUGUGGCUCCCAACUUCUCCUGGAUGCCAGAGGAUGGCAGCCCCACAGCUGUGGAGCAGCCAAUAUUCCUCAUGACCACUGCUGCUCAGGCCAUCUCAGGUUUCUUCGUAUGGACAGCUUUGCUCAUCACCUGCCAUCAGAUCUACAUGCAUCUUCGCUACUACAGCUGCCCAAAUGAGCAGCGCUACAUUGUUCGGAUCCUCUUCAUUGUGCCCAUUUACGCCUUUGACUCAUGGCUCAGCCUCCUGUUCUUCACCAAUGACCAGUACUAUGUUUACUUUGGCACAGUGCGGGACUGCUAUGAAGCCUUUGUAAUAUACAACUUUCUCAGUCUCUGCUAUGAGUACUUGGGAGGAGAGAGCUCCAUCAUGUCUGAGAUCAGAGGGAAACCAAUUGAGUCCAGCUGUGUAUAUGGGACUUGCUGCCUGUGGGGAAAGACCUAUUCAAUUGGAUUCCUGAGGUUCUGCAAACAGGCUACCCUGCAGUUUUGUGUGGUGAAGCCCCUCAUGGCGAUCAGCACAGUCAUCCUUCAGGCCUUCGGCAAGUACCAGGAUGGUGACUUUGAUGUAACCAGUGGCUACCUCUAUGUGACGAUCAUCUACAACAUCUCUGUCAGCCUGGCACUGUAUGCCCUCUUCCUUUUCUACUUCGCCACACGUGAGCUGCUCACUCCGUAUAGCCCAGUCCUCAAGUUCUUCAUGGUGAAGUCUGUCAUCUUCCUGUCCUUCUGGCAAGGGAUGCUGUUGGCCAUCUUGGAAAAGUGUGGUGCCAUCCCCAAAAUCCACUCUGCCACUGUGUCUGUGGGUGAAGGCACAGUGGCUGCUGGGUAUCAGGACUUCAUCAUUUGUGUGGAGAUGUUCUUUGCAGCCAUCGCUCUGCGCCAUGCCUUCACAUACAAGGUGUAUGUGGACAAGAGACUUGAUGCCCAAGGUCGCUGUGCUCCCAUGAAGAGCAUCUCCAGCAGCCUCAAGGAGACCAUGAACCCCCAUGACAUCGUCCAAGAUGCGAUCCACAACUUCUCCCCAGCCUACCAGCAAUACACCCAGCAGUCAACGCUGGAGCAUGGUCCGCCCUGGCGCAACGGCGGUCAUGUUAUCUCACGCUCCCAAAGCUGCUCGGGUGCCCGUGACAAUGAGAAGACCCUCUUGCUGAGCUCCGAUGAUGAAUUCUAGGAGAGGAAACUGCCAGCACAGGCUGUCGUUUUCCUUCUCGUUGUUUGUUUGGGGUUUUUUUUAAUUUAUUGAAGCAGAAACAUGCAGGUCAUAUCACUUCCUAGAGAGUGCAGAUUGCAAAAGUGGGCACUUCCCAUUAGCUUUUGAGGGUGUGGACACCGUGAACAGUGUGGAGGUGGGGGAAUGAUCGAGACU